UUUUAGUAUAUCUUAAAACUCAAAUCGAUCUUAUAUUUUUGAACACAUUAUGGGGAAGCAAGAUCAGUCGUCGAUGAAACAAGGAGACGCGUUUAGUUAUCAGAAAACGGUGUUUCAUGGGGGGUUAAGGAGUAACUCUAUGAAGUUGGGCUCUUUUAAUAAAGGUGGUGGUAAUUAUAAAAGGCAUAAUUGGGCUCAUAAACAUUUUUCCUCCAUUGUUUUCACUGUUGCAUUGAUGGCUUUUCUUUUCCUUUUGGAUUCUCUUAUGACUUCUUUAUUUGAACCACCUUCGAUUGCUGUUCAAACUAGUUCCGUGCCUGGAAAUUUGUCUACGGAGAUGUUUGGAGAUGAUGGUAACAGAAGUGUGGUGCAGAUGUAUGGCCGCCUUGCAAGCAUGGCUUCUAAUGCUCUUGUAGAGAGAGAGCUUAAACAAGAUGAAUCAACAUAUUGGAAGGAACCCCAUCAUCGAUCAACAGUAUGGAGUCCUUGUGCAGAUAGAACAGAAUCAACAAGUGCCGGAAAAUUACAACGCAACACUGGUUAUAUAUUGGUUAGUGCAAAUGGAGGUCUGAAUCAACAACGGGUUGCUGUUUGCAAUGCUGUAGCUGUGGCAUCGUUAUUAAAUGCAACAUUAGUUAUUCCAAGGUUUCUUUUCAGCAACGUGUGGAAGGACCCCAGCCAGUUUGGUGAUAUAUAUCAAGAAGAAUAUUUCAUAAAAGCGUUUAAGGAUGAAGUUAAUAUCGUAAAGGAUCUCCCUCCUCAUUUGAAGUCACUAGACUUCAAAGAAAUUGGUAGCCUGAUAACGGAUGCAGAUAUCAGUAAGGAGGCAACACCAGUAGAAUAUAUUGAGAAAAUACUUCCUCUAUUAUCAAAAAAUGGAGUUGUUCAUUUCCUUGGAUAUGGGAAUCGGCUUGGCUUUGAUCCAUUACCGUCUGAACUUCAGAGGCUAAGAUGCAAAUGCAAUUAUCAUGCUUUGAGGUUUGUGCCUAAAAUUCAAGAAAUUGGUUCUUCGUUGAUUAGAAAGAUAAGGAAAUAUGAUGGCCCGAAGAAUAAAUUAGAUAAGCAGCUACUAGGAAAUGUCAUCACGGAUACACAAUCAAACGAACGUGAUUUGGAUGGGGAACCACUCAAGUAUCUUGCUCUGCAUUUGAGGUUUGAAGUUGAUAUGGUUGCCUACUCUCUAUGCGAGUUUGGUGGGGGAGAAGUUGAGAAAGCUGAACUCCAAGCCUACCGAGAAGAUCAUUUUCCACUGCUCAUGCAACGAUUAAAGAAUUCAAAGCUUAUUUCUGCAGAAGAACUAAGGAGUUCAGGAAGAUGUCCAUUAACUCCAGAAGAAUCUGCACUGGUUCUAGCUGCUCUUGGUUUUAACAGUGAGACAUACAUUUAUCUUGCUGGGUCCCAGAUAUACGGAGGAGAGUCAAGGAUGCGCCCGUUGACUAAUCUGUAUCCUCAUGUGAUCACAAAAGAGGAUCUUCUCUCUCCGAGUGAACUUGCACCAUUUAAGAACUUUUCUUCUCAGCUAGCAGCACUGGACUUCAUUGCAUGUGCCACUGCAGAUGUAUUUGCUAUAACAGAUUCAGGCAGCCAAUUAUCUUCGUUGGUCUCCGGUUUCCGAACAUAUUAUGGUGGUGGCCGUGCCCCGACAUUAAGACCCAGCAAGAAAAGACUUGCAGAAAUUUUGUCAGAAAAUCAUACCAUAAGUUGGACUAAUUUUGAAGCAAGAGUGAAGAAGAUGAUCACAGAAGCACAAGCUGUGCGAUUGAGAGGUUGGGGUAGAAGCAUUUACAAACAACCAAGAUGUCCUGAAUGUAUGUGCAGGUUUCAGUGAUCAUCAUUAAUUAGGCAAAAUAACUUUUUCCUAUUUUUUAGAUUGUUGUUUUUUCAUUAAAUUGUGCAAAUAUGAUCACAAGAGCUAACGAAUUCUGAGCACCGCAAUUUACAGUUUUGUUUCAGUUAGAGGAAUGCAAGGGAAAUAAUGUUGGUCGGUGAGCCCCUCACCGAAGCUCAGCAUGUAUGGCAGUACAUAAGAACAUUCUUUUUUUGUAUAUAUAUUGAAAUGAAUGAAUUUGGGCAA